AUGACUGGCGCAGAACAACAACAAAAGGGAUUAGGCGGUGGUCCAAGUACAAGUGACGGCGGAAAUAACAGUGACGUAUUUCGAGUGGGCGUACGGAUACCACCCUUUUGGCCCGAGGAACCGGCUGUAUGGUUUGCCCAAAUUGAAGGUCAGUUCAUUUUGUCUAAUGUUACAAGUGACUCCACCAAGUUUUAUUAUGUCAUUAGCCAAUUAGACCAUCAGUACGCAGCAGAAGUCAAAGAUAUCAUUAUUUCCCCGCCGGCUACAGACAAAUACGAGAAAUUAAAGUCGGAACUUAUCAAGCGCCUCACAACGUCUAGAGAACGUAAAAUUAAACAGUUGUUGAUGCAUGAAGACCUUGGUGAUAGAAAGCCAUCUCAAUUUUUGCGUCAUUUACAAAGCUCAGCAGGGAAGACAAUACCAGAAGAGCUUAUACGAACUAUUUGGUCGAGUCGAUUGCCAAAUAAUUUACAAACAAUUGUCGCAUUACAGAAGGACAGCGCCCUCGAAACCGUGGCAGAUCUGGCGGACCACGUUCAUGACAUAGCACCGCCCGCAGUCGCUCAGGUAGCCAGAUCAGCAACUGAACAGCCAGGUGGAGUCACUAAUGCAGAGCCAGCAACGGCAGUCUCGAUCCCGCUCCAAUGA